ACUGAUAAUGAUGGUCAUAACAGUGGUCAUUUGUCAAGCAAGAAAAAUUCAACUUCAAAGAGCAAAUUACCAAACUCGGCUUCUUCAGAAACUACUUUGGGGGCUUAUAAGCAGAGAAGUCAAGACAAGUUAACAGUCAUACAAGGGAUGGUACCACAAUUAGAAUUAUUGUCAAAUAGUAAAACUCAGGAUGUAUCCCGCCAAAGGAAACAACAGCUUGGUGUAUAUUCCGCAGAGACCAAUUGUUUAGAUCAGGAAAAUCUCAGAAAUAAAUCAAAAUUCCGGAAAGGGACAGCCCCUGAUCUCAGUUCAGCGGGUAAAACACAUACCGGUACUGAUGAUAUUCGAAUGAUGGAAAAGCCUGAGUUGAGAAGAAGAUCUCCUGUUCCUGAAGAAAAAUCAUGUGUUACUGCAAGAAAAUCACUAACAAAGAAACCAGAUCAUCCAGAGUCGAUAGGAAAUUCUACAAACAAAACAAAUAUUGGUUCACAAAAGAGAUCACAAAAACAUUUAAAGCCAACCACAGGAGAGACAGACACCUCAGAUUCCUCUACAGAACCUAAGCCAACGUCUACUCCCAAAGAAAAGAUUAGAAUUAAAAUAAAGUCCUUGCCUAAUGAUAAAGGUAUUACUGGUGAUACAACUACAAGCUCAAAUUCAUUACCAACUACUCCAGUUAAAGUAAAAUUCAAAUCGGCCAAACCUAGAGGAAUGGUUCUUUCAGAAGAAAAUGUAUCACUAUCUGCAAACAGUGGAAGUUUGAACAAAUCAUCUGCAUCUUACUCAGAACACCAGUCAAAUUAUGGCGCCCCGGGAAAUGAAAAAGUAGAUGAAAAUGAACUAUCUAGGUCAAGCUCUUCAGUAAUAUCUGAGAAUGAACCCAUUUCAGAGUCAGAGAAUGGUCAAGCAGAAAGUUCUUCUGGAACUACUACCAAAGAUUCUGAAAUUGAUUCUGUUUCAGAAAGUGAUGCACAAAAAUCUGAGGAAGUUGGUCCAUUAGGUAUACAGGAAGCUGCAAAUGACAGUGUCAUUGUGUUGGUUCCUGGAGAAAAAAGAACUCAGAUUCUUGGACACACCAGUCAUCAACCAUCAAAGAAAAGCAAAUCUGAAAAACCUUAUAGUAAAGAUAACAUUGAGUUCAACGAUAUUUCUCACACACUUGCUGGUUUGCCUACAAUAAAUACUACUAUGACAGGUUCUCCACGGGCUGAAUCCUUCAAAAGUGAAGAGAAAUAUUCUGAUAUGGAAUUCCAAGAUGUGUCUGGAAAUUCUGUUGUUUUAAAAUUAAAUGAGGAACCUCCAUUAUACUGGAAUGAAACACAAACCUCUUUGAUAGACAAUACAAAUAGUUCAUCAAAUAAAGACAAGACCAACACAGAUCCUCCCAAAAAUGCAAAUAUUUUAAGUUUAGGUGAAUAUAAUUUUGACAAUGAUGACAAUUUGAGAAAAUCGGACAAAUCAUUGCACGGAGAUAGUUCAUCAAAUAAAGACAAGACCAACACAGACCCUCCAAAAAAUGCAAAUAUUUUAAGUUCAGGUGAAUAUAAUUUUGACAAUGAUGACAAUUUGAAAAAAUCGGACAAAUCAUUGCACGGAGAAGACACUCCCUUGAACACAAGUUUAAAAAACAUGACAUAUGUCCAAAAAACGUCUCAAGACAGUUCAUUAACCGGCACCCAAAGCAAAGACCUAUAUCAGGGAACAAGCAUACCAGAAGUUAGUGACCAAAGUACAAAGAGCUUAGUACCUGGUAACCCACUACAGAAACCUCAACAACCCACUAAUAGGUUUGAAUCUGAAACAUUGUCUUCACCCACUGAUGUAAAUGUAUUGAAUGAAGGUGAUUUUCAAACUACAAAGGUAGCAGCCCUGAAUCCUUUAAAGACGGGCAAAACUGACAUCCAAAACAUAAAUACUACUGUGCCUUUAUCAUGGAAUCAAACCCAAGGACAAUAUGUUGUAGAUGAUAAUUAUGAAGAGUUAAUCAGUUUGCCGAAUAAAUCAGAUGAACUAUCAAAAUUAGAUAGCCAAAUCUCUAACAAUAUUGAAUGUUUUAAACCUGAUAACCAAAUUCAAAAGCAGCAACCACUCACAGAAGAAAAUUUAUCAGGAUCCUUGCAUGAAUCAGAUCAUUUCAACAGAACUGGGUCUAAUGUCCAAAAUAUAUCUCAAGACAGUCCAAUAACUGGCGCACAAAGCAAAGACCUAUAUCAGGGAACAAGCAUACCAGAAGUUAGUGACCAAAGUACAAAGAGCUUAGUACCUGGUAACAAAGACCUAUAUCAGGGAACAAGCAUACCAGAAGUUAGUGACCAAAGUACAAAGAGCUUAGUACCUGGUAACCCACUACAGAAACCUCAACAACCCACUAAUAGGUUUGAAUCUGAAACAUUGUCUUCACCCACUGAUGUAAAUAUAUUGAAUGAAGGUGAUUUUCAAAUUACGAAGUUAGCAGCCCUGAAUCCUUUAAAGACGGGCAGAACUGACAUCCAAAACAUAAAUACUACUGUGCCUUUAUCAUGGAAUCAAACUCAAGGACAAUAUGUUGUAGAUGAUAAUUAUGAAAAGUUAAUCAGUUUGCCGAAUAAAUCAGAUGAACUAUCAAAAUUAGAUAACGAAAUCCCUAAUAAUAUUGAAUGUUUUAAACCUGAUAACCAAAUUCAAAAGCAGCAACCACUCACAGAAGAAAAUUUAUCAGGAUCCUUGCAUGAAUCAGAUCAUUUCAACAGAACUGGGUCUAAUGUCCAAAAAAUAUCUCAAGACAGUCCAAUAACUGGCGCACAAAGCAAAGACCAAUAUCAGGGAACAAGCAUAUCAGAAGUUAGUGAUCAAAGUGCAAACAGCCUAGUACCUGGUAACACACUACAGAAACCUCAACAACCCAUUGAAUCUGAAACAUUGUCUUCAUCCUCUGAUGUAAAUGCAUUGAAUGAAGGAGAUUUCCAGAGUUCAAAUACAUUACCAUUCAUGCAAGCUAUUAACUCUGACAGACAAUUAUGUCCUCCAAUCCAAUCUAUGCUUGCUUCUGAGGUAGCAGGCCAGAAUUUCUUAAAGACGGGCAAAACUGACAUCCAGAACAUAAAUACUACCGUGCCUUUAUCAUGGAAUCAAACUCAAGGACAUUACAUUGUAGAUGAUAAUCAAGAAGAAAUAAUCAGUUCACAGAAUAAAUCAGAUAAGCCAUCAAAAUUAGAUAGUCAAAUCCCUAAUACUACCAAUAGUUCUAAACUAGAUAACCAAACUCAAAAGCAACAAACACUCAGAGGAGAAAAUUCAUCAGGAUCUUUGAAUAAAUCAGAUCACUACAACAGAUCUGGGUCUAAUAUUCCUGAGACUAUUCAACACACCAAGCAAGCUGAAAAACUUAAGGUCCAGACAUUUUGUUGUGAAAUGUCAUCCAUAGAUAAGUCUGGUAUUGAAGAUGUAGCAACUACAUCAGAUUACCAUCAUAUUGACACAAGAGGCAGAGAGAUUCAGCAGAAUGAAUCUGAAAAUUCAGAAGAUUCUCGUGGUGUAGAAGAAGCAGACACUGAUUAUUCCGAUGAUUCUUUGAAUGGUGCACAUUUAGAAGGAAAUCAGCAACCAAAUAUUGAAAAUGAGACAGAAAGUAUCAACCAUACGGCUGGCAUGGAAAAUCUAAACAAACCACCAAUCAUUGCAACAACCUCAAAUACUCAGUAUCAGAAUCUUUUACCUGAAGAUUCUUUGAUGCAUCAAGAACCCCAGAGUCUGGUGGUCAAAGUGGACAGUGUCUCCAGUCAACUCUCCAAUGAUUCCACAGCAGACAUUCUUCAACAGAACUCAAAAGAUCAGAUAUUGUCAUCUAACCAAAGUGGUUCAAGCCGUCGUCAGAGGAAAAGAGCACAGCGCCACCAGAAAGAUGUAAAAUCUGACGAUACAGAUGAAUUUUCAGAUGACUCUCUUGCCUCAGGUUCGAAUUCCAAACCUUCCUCCAGACCAGGAUCUGGCAAACGGCGAAAACGAACCCGCAAUUCAACUGAAGGAGCUAACAGGAAAGGUGACGCCAGUACUGAUGAAUAUGCUCAUUCUGGAAAUAGCAGUUUUUCAGAUGAUUCAUUGACUUUUUCUGAAGAUAGACGUGGAUCACAUACAAUUGAUCUUCCAGAAACCAACCUAUCAUCGGCCGUCGAAAUAGCUCACAUAAAUGAAUCUCUUGAUCAACUGAAUUCAGCAUUACACAAGUUGCCAGGUUCAACAGAUCCAAUGGAUGAUAGCAUGACACAAACAGAAGGGGGAAGUAUCCAAAUGGGUAUGUCUCCUGUCAGUAUUUGGAGUUCAGGAGAUUCUGGAAUUCAGCCUUUAUCAGGAACUGAGAUGUCAUCAUGUGGUAUACAAACUGUGAUCAGUGAAGAAAAUUCAAUAAAAUCUCCAAAAAGACGUGCUUGGAACCUUUCGAUUUCGAAUCCAGAUGUUUGGAAAAACAAUCCUUUGACGCCCUUAACUCAAACAGAUGAAGUUAUUGAGCUGACAACCAAUGAUUCACCAAUAAUGGUUGAUUACUCAUCAGAAGGUCAAAGUACAAAUAAUGAAAUAAAAUUUCCAUCAUUGACAACCACAUCCAACAGCAAACUGGAAACAGUACAGCCAUCAGCUGUAGAAUAUGACCCAGAUGGAAAAAUUAAAUAUCUAGUGACGAUAAAUGAAGAUGAAACAAAAAUACUGUAUAAUGUAGAGAAGACAGAAUAUAGAACCUACUCAUUAGGUGAAGAAAACAGAGAAAGACAGGGAGCUCAGACGAUUCCAGACAGUAUUAAAAUCAACCUCACAGAGACUAAAACAGUUCAGAAGAAUGAUAAUUAUGAAACUGUUCAGAGGGAGAAAAUAUUGUAUCAGGGUGAGAAUGCUGCUAAUUCAGAUGCUAUUGUCUCCUCUCGGCUUUAUCAAGAAGCAAGAUCUUUCCAGCUUGAGCAAGAAUCUUCAAAUGGUAUUGUUAGUCGAGAGCAUUCCAUAGAUCGGCAAUCUGUUGAUUCGGACCAUAAAUCAUUCAUAAAAUCAAAUGAUAAACAUUCUAAGGAAUCUUUGCAACCUGUAACCGUUCUUCAUGAAACGACAAUAAAGGAUAUGCCUACAAAUGAAUUAGAUCCACAAAAUCUUUCCAAUGAUCUAAAAGAAAGUGAUAGUCACAUGGGAAUAUUGGAGGAGUAUGAUGAUAAUUCAUCUUUACAAUCUACCACAAUCAACAAAUGUGCUGAAGGUAGCAGUAGUACUACAGACACCACAGCUUCAACGACUAGCUCUUCAACUUCUUUUGCCGAAGAAAAAUCUAAUGCCUCCGGGAAUAUUAUGGGAAAUGUUGCAGUAGAUUUCAUAGCAAAUGGUCAUAGGACAUUGCUUUUACCAGUAACUUCUUCUUACUUACAGGCAGAGCAAGAAACUAACUUGGCAAAUAAUCAAGAUGAAUCCAAUGAAGAGCCUGACAAAAAUGUUCAAACAUCAGGAUUAAUGACACAACAUAUAAAUAAGACAGACACAACCUUACAAAGAAACUUUGACCUGUGUCAGCUUGCUAUUGAAAUAAAAUCAAGCCCAGAAGAAUCUGUCUUCAAACGUGCACAUGGAAUAGACAACGAGCAGAUAACUGCGAUAGAUGAAGAAUUCUACUCAUCACCUUCUUUUGAAUAUGAAAGUAGUUCAUCCAAGUCUAUUGGAGAAGCAGGAACAAAUACCGCUGAAGGGCACUCAUCUGAAAAUGAAAAUAAGGGAAAAUCCAAACAUUUUAGGCAAAGAGAUGAUGAAACAGAUGAAACAUCUUCAGUUAACUCUAGCCUUUCAAAAGAGCUAAUAUUUUCAGAAGUAACAACUCAAGAUAGACAGGAAGUAACUGCCGUUUCCAUUAACAGUGAUUCAGAAGAUCAAGAUGAAACAGAUUUUGAUGAUGGUUACUCCUCGAUUAAUACAUCAGGGCAGAGGUCAGGCUCCAUGAUUUAUCAUCCAGAUAUAGGACAAUUCUUAGUUGCGUCUGCAAAUGCAAUGGCGGAAGACUCAUGGACUAUUACUUAUCCUCAAGAGAGUAAGCAUUCUAAUGAACAAAGCAAUACGACCAAAACACAAAAAUCAGCAAUACAUCAAGAUGAUAGAAGGGACUCUGAUAAUAAUAUUAUAACCCAGCCUCUUAAUAUUUCACCAGAUGCUGUCACAAUCCAAUCAGGUCAUGAGCCACCCAGCAAAGACGCAAAUGUCCAUUCUGUAUCUUAUGUUGAAGAACAUACAAAUAAUACAGUUGUAGGACUUCAGCAAAGAAAAUACCAUGAUCAAGAUGUUAUUGCCUCACAAACUAAUGAAUGGAAUAAAGAUUCAUUUUCCAACAAAACAGAUGUUGAGAAGGCACAAAGCAAAGAUCUAAAUGUCCAUUCUGAAUCCUUUGUUGAAGCCCACACAGAUAAUACAGUUGAAGGAUAUCAAAAAACAAAUUACCAUGUUGAGAUGACAAACAGUGACCAAGAUAAGACAGACAAAUACUUGAUUACACAGCAGUCUUCAUCCAGUGCAUCUGGCAGUGGUUAUUAUCGUGAAAAUGCUGAAGUAGAAGGGGCAAACAAUUUAGUCACCGAAAGAAAAUUACAAUACAAGAUAGCUUUGAAAUUUACUGACACUAACAUUGACCAAAGUAGUGAAAGAGCUUCUGUAUCAAUGUACCAUGACCAACCGGAUAUUCUGAGUGAAGGAAAUGCACCUAAUAUUGACUGUAAUCAAAUAAUAGAUGAUGAUCACACCAUUCAAACUAACCAACUGCCCUCUAAGAAGGAUUCAAAUCUAAUCUCAAAACAAGCUAAGAUUGUUUAUGGUAAUGAACAGAGUGUUGAAGAAGCCAGUUUUGUGAAUGAAACAAUGGAAGAGUAUAUGCAUACUGUCAACAGUACUGAAAGUCAAAUACCAUCAGAUGUUCAUGCUCAUGAAUAUGAUACCUCCCAUAUACAUGUUGAACCAGUCAAUGCUGACAUUAAUGUAGAGUCUACUAAUGAUGAACCGUACAUGCAAAUCUCUAGAUCAGCAACAAAUACAGAUAGUCAGUGCUCAGAUGUUGAAGUAGAAAACAGCUUUAUGAUAAAUAGAAGAAGUCUUAUUCAGUCUGAACGUAAACCAAGUUUGGUAUUUGACUCUACAACAGAUAUUACACAAAAUCAAAGGAAGAACUCCAGAACUUAUCUUUCAUCCACUGCAGUAACACAUCCUUCACUGGCUGUUAAUACAGAUGUUGAUGAAGAAGAAACAAUCAGUGGGCACAGUAUUAAGACUACCCAUUAUACUUUCAUUAAUCCUGGAAAACAGACAUCAUCUUUUGUAUCUUCUGUGGAUGUUGAAGAAGGAAACAAGUCGAAAAAUGAAACAGAUAUUCCAGAUAUUGGUUCUACUGAAUUACAUUCUCCACAAGAAGCUUUGAAGAUGACACAAACAUUUUUGAACUCUGGAUCAGUUUUAAGUAAACAUAAGGAAAUGUCAAGUUUGAUCGCUCAACAUAAUUCAUCAGACCUUUUUUCGAAACUACAAACUUCACAUAUUUCAAAAGCCUUUACCAAUUCAUACCAAAAAGAUGAAUUAGAAAGUAACACCAACCGUCCAGUAAGCACAGCAACCAUAUUAAUCCCAGGACAAGAUGAAAACCAUUUUAGUGCCACACAAAAUGUAUUGGCAGUUGGUCAAGCAUUUCUGAAUAUGGAUGAAAAAAAUAAAAUGAAGACAAAUCAAACUGAUAUCUUACUAAAUGAGAUGGAACAUGGGUCACAGUUUUCUUAUACGCAUAAACCUGUUUUCGAAAAUCAAAAGAUAAUAGAAUUUUUCCCUCCAGUGGUGAACAAAGUUCAGGAAGCAGAAGUUAAAUGUGUUGAAAGUACCUCUUCAUCAAUAUUCGCCAAAGACAGCAUUUUGUUUGAGCUUGAUCCAAAGAAUCUUCAAAGUGGCAGGAAUCAUCAUACCGAGUCUGAUCAAUCAGGUACAGAGCUGGAAGAUUCUGGAUUCCAUACUCUUACAACUACUGACAGCAGCUUAUCUCCUGAUUCUGAAGAACACAGAUCACCAAGACGAACACCAUCCUACCGAUUGCCAUUUAACGAGGAAAGCAAUUCGAGAAAUAGUACUGUAACAACUAUCCAUGAAAUUAAGGAAGAGAAAAUUAAUUUUACUCAUCCUGAAGAACAAUCUCUAAAUUUUAGAUCGGAUGUAUACUCUGAAUAUUCUUACAAGACAAAAGAGAAACAAUUAAUUUCAAAUAACCAAAUUUCCACUACAGUAAAGUCAGUUACCGAGAAUGAUGAUACCAGAUUGCUGUAUGAAGACUCUCAGGAAAGUCACAGAGAAACAGAUGCACAGUCCACCCAAGAAUACCAGUCUCAUCAAUAUGUUGACAGUGUUAGUACCACUAUUCAGGAGAAACAACAUAGACAGUUUAGUGAAAAUACAUAUUCACAAUCUUUGAGAAAUAGUGAAAGUAAUAAUCUGCAUUCCAGUGAUGAAAUAUAUUUGACACCAGAAGAACACAAUCGAAGUGGUAGUAGCUCUUCAUCAUUUAAAACACCACAAGAAUCACCAAGACAGAAUCAUUAUUCUCACAUUACUGUAUCUAAUACUGAGUUUCGGGGACCAACUUAUUCAGAAAGUUUACCUAUAACAUCAUCAAAAUUUCGUAGUUCCAAUGACAAAGACGUUUCUGAAAAUGUUGAUAAUUUGAAAUGGGAACUUGCCCGAAGAAUAGCUAAACUGCAAAGUAGAGUACGCAGUUUGAGUGAUUCUGCAAUUAGUUCCGAUUUCACUGAUCAAGAAGCAUCCAUAAAUCUUAGGAACACCUUCAACAGACAGUCCUCAAGAUCAUCUGGCCGUGGCUCUGGAUUGAUGAAUACGCAAUCGGUUGAACAAUCCCUGCAAGAAAUCAGUACAUUUUUUGUUAAUAUGCCACCACACAGCUCUUCCUUAUUAUAUACAGGCUUCUGCAGUGAUAUACCAAAUAAAUUAGCUAAUGUUGUAAUGGGUGACCAUUCCUUAACUUCAAGUCCAUCUACUAACAACUUGGCUUCCUUAUUGAACACACAUUCUUUUUCAAGAUUACAAGGACGAAAAUGGAGAUCUUUUGGGGAACUCUCUGAAUUAUCAGGAGCAGAAGUGCUUAGAUUAUUUAAAGAGGAUUUUGAGGCAUCCCAAAAUCGAAUUUCGUUGUCUCAUCAUGAUAAAAACGUUCCCAUUCCCGUCACUGAUUUGGAUGCUGACUCAGAUGUAGAAGAAAAUUUGUACCAGUUCACUGAAGAAGAAAGGUAUAUUUCAUGGACAGAUGUUCAAUAUAGUGUGACUGAAGAUUCUAGUCUUGAUAAUGUUGAUUCUUCAAGUAAAAGAGAACAAAUAAAUGAACAAAAAAUUAAAGUACCGUUAGAUGAAUCUCCUGAAAAUCUUGAUUUUUAUUUGGGUAACAUAGCUAAUAUCCAGGAUGAAUCAAGUGAUGUGAACCAUGCAAAGAGAAGAUCUUUAGAUAGAGGAGUCAACUGUUUGCCCGAAGAUUUAUUUGAUGAAAGUAAACGCUAUCUUCGACAGAAAUCUCCAUCCAUGUCUGAGCUAGAGAAUAGCGAACCUGUUGUAAAAGAUUUUGAGAAAGCACAUUCAACAGGAUGUGUUGAUAUGCUUGAUAGUCCUGUAAACUCCUCUGCUUCUUCUAAUGAUAGCAUAACUUUUGUUUUUGUUGGAAAUUCAGAAGAAAAAACAGACAGAACACACUCUAACCCAAAUGUAUCCCGGCCAUCAUCCAAUACUUCCUCUGGUAGAAGGGGAAAGUCUGAAGGUCAACUUGCAUUAAUAUGUCCAAACAUAAAGGAGAAGGUGUUAUUUCCAAAGCGUAUGCAAAAGGCUGAUCUGUCUAUAGGAAAUAGGGCUGUAUCUACCAAUAAUUUAUCUGAACGUCUUUCUGAAGAAUUGAGAAGAUCAUAUUCAACAAGUUUACUUGAUGUAGUGACUGUAGAAGAACCUGACAUUGAACCAUUCCCUCCUUCUGGUAAUGGUGAAGAAAGCAUUGACGGUAGAACAUCAGAAAUAGUAACUGUGAAAUCAAACAAUAUACAAGCAAGCCAAGCUGUUACUAAAAAACAAAUCUUAAGGACUUUUAGUAGUCAAUUUGGUCCAUCUUGUGUAUCUUCUACUGGCCAGGUACAUUCAGAAACAACUGGCAAAGUUCCAAAGCAUACAACAUGUUACAUUAAAUCAACAGGAAUGGAAACUAAGAGAGAUGAUAAUGUUAGUAUUUCAGAUAUUAGACAACAAACAACAUUUUCUAACCAGAAAGCUCCAAAGGUUACCCUUGUUAAUAGUGCUACUCAGAUUGAUGAUCAUCCCAGCGAAAAUAUCUCUUCACACAUCUGCCAAGAAUGGCAGAGUUACCAAGAUGAUAUUUUUUCUGUUGAUCUGUCGGAUGAAUCUGGUUUCCUGACUGAUCUCAACUCAGUUCCAUCCUCUGCACGGGACACACCUCAGUCCUGUCAGUCAAGCAUAAGACAUUUUUCAGGAAAUACACAAGAGGAUAUGUUUACAGCAUUUGGAAGUUUAAGGGGAACGGUAACCACACUUGUGAGUAGCUAUACUCAAACAGAAAAAGAGAGCAGAGAUAUUGGUCAAGGAGUAAACUUAAAUCAUUCAAACUCAGAAACCCAGACUACUCCUCCUUUAUCCCCUGAACUCAGGAGGAGACAUUCUUCACGUACAACCGAAGUCCAGACAGAAAGGGAUAAUUUGAACCAAAACACACAAGAAGGUCCGUCAAACACUAUGAUAUUGGCCGAGAUUGUUGAUUUAAAGAAAGAACACAAUAAAAUGAUGGAGUUGUUGGGAAGAUCACGGGAUAGACCAUCAAGACUGGAAAUCUUAAAUUCUUUGAAAUCCCCGACAUCUGAUUCAUCUGGCAGUAUUUCCCCAAUAACAGUUAUAGAUAAAUUAUCAUCUUCAACUCGAGGACUAUCGCCAAGCCAUACAACAGCUUUGAGUUCCAAUUUAAUUGAUGAUGAAUCACAAACUGAAAUUAGACUGAAUGAUUCAAUUGAUAGGUUACAUACACAUGGAAGAAGUUAUGCUUUACUAGAUUCUAGUAGAAAUGAUAAUAAUUCCCAGAGAAGCUUUAACUCCUAUUCUGAGUCACAUAGUACCAUUAACUCUUAUUCUGAGUUAGCAAGUACUCGGAAUCAGAGAGAUGAAAUUGGAUGUUUGGAUUAUUCGGAUACAUUUGAAGAUCAAAGUGGAUCAUCCAGCAGUAGAUCUCAAGGUAGAAAUUCAAAUGAUUCACUUGUUUAUGUUCCAAUUGGAACAGGUAACAGACGAUAUUUUGUAACAACUGCUAUUGAAGCUGCAGACUCCUUAGAAAAUCUUGAAGAUUUUUCCCAGACGAAAGUAAAAUAUAAUGCAGAAAAAAGCCAGUCUGGAGACAAGACUGCGGAUACAGGAUGCUUACAAGAUCAUCUGGAUAUGCUUCAACAAGAGCGAGUGGAAAUAAUAGAUUUACUAAACCUAAACUAUUUACCAGCCAGUUUAACUGUAGAACUUCUUGAAGCUAAAUUGAAUCACUGUAUUGGCCAAACGGAUGCUUUACUGCAAUCUCUAGAAGACACCUGGAAUGAUGAAGAAAUAUUAUCUAGACCAGUUCCUCCAGUUCAAAAGAUCACAGAAAUAUCAAAAGAAUACAUUAAUAAGUAUCGUUCCGAACUUAGACAAUCAAAGAGGGACUACACAGUGUUCAAGGAAGAGAUGGAGAGGAAAGCAUCAAAAGGAAGGGGAAGGAGAAAGUCAAGAACAAGUGAUUUAAUUAGGAUGACUCGUAAAUCCCAAAUCGAUGCUUUUAAAUUGGAGAGAAUGCGUGAACAACAAUUGUAUGAGAGAACGAGAAGUGCAAGCCCAUUAAUAACACCUCCUGCCUCACCAGCAAGGACACCUUCAACAUUUGAACCCAGCUAUCUCACCCCUAAACAGAGGAUAGGUCAUCUAGUCAGUUUACGAAAAAAUAUAGUUGAGUCAUCAGAAGAUGAAAUGAGUGAACUACGACAUGGUUCUUAUUCGCCACAUUAUGCCGACAGAUCUUACAGUCCUGAUUAUUAUGCAACAUACAGUCCCUCUCGAAGAUCCUCUAGUUUAGGUUACAGUCAAUCACACCAUAGUCCCCAACCACCUUUUUCGAUGUAUAGUCCAGAUGUAAGUUUAACACUGAAUCUGUCGAACUCUCCACCACCUGGUCUAAGGACGUCUUCUAGAGAUAGAUCAUCUGUUACUAAUAGGUCUGAACAUGGCAACAGAAGUCAGGAUACAUCAGCCUAUAUAAGUUUACCCUAUCACCAGUACAUGACCGAGGGUCUUGAUCCAUCAAGGCUGCUUCAGGAGUCUGCUGAUGUCAGAAAUCGUAAUCUCCUUGAAAUAUCUAGAGCACAUUCCUCACUGCAACAGACAAAGAGUCAUUACACAACUUCAUCUCCACUUCGAACAGCUAGCCCUAGUGUUAAACAUUCAAGAUCUGUACGAGAAUAUUCACCAGUAACGCCAAAUCAUGGUAUCUCUAAAGAUGACAUAGAUAAAGAUAUUGAAAACCUGAAGCACAUUCAAAAGACAACUGCAUUUGGGAAUUCUUACUCAGAGAGGAGUGUCUCACCUUCAACAUCAGAUAUCAGUUCUAUUUCCACUCCUUCUUAUGCGGCUUAUGCUAAAGAUGUUUUAGCCAGAAGUGAACGGUCUAUAACUAAUACAACCCGUAGUAAUAAAUUCCCUGUCAGCUAUACAGAGAGAGAUUCAUCACCUUCUUCUAUUUAUUCUGCUGAUUUAGAUUCGUUACCAGAAUCUACAUCAACUCCGCGAGACAAUAUGAGACCAAUUAAUUCUCAAGACAUCAGAACCCGCAUUGCACGUAGAAAAAUGACAGAAAAGAAGAAGAGAUCAACAGAUAGAAAAUAAGGAGAAAUCCCAUUGUCAUUAGUAGAAUUUUCUUUGGGUGAAUGACCACUAUUAAUUUGGAAACAUAGCCUUUGGUUCGGUUCAGUCAGCGAUAAAGGUGAUCUAAUGUUUGAUAUUAUAAGGUCUGUUAUGUUCCUUCUGCCCUGCAUUAUUAGACUUUGAAAUACAAAUGUGACAACAAUUAUUUCAAUCGUACAUUGUUUAUAAAAGACAGUGCUCGUGUGAUGAUUUCAUUUCAUGGUUAACUUGUUUAAAGGACUCGUAACAAGACAUUGCGUAAUAUAUUGUCAACAAUUGGUUAUUAUAAAGUUAGUUUAAAUUCCCUUUGUUUCCGUCCGAAGGGCUCAAACAUCUUGCGUAAGGUGGAUAACUCUUACAAGCGUUUGGUUUUCUGAACAAACUAACUUUGUUUAUAUAUAAAACAUUUGAGAUAAAAAUGAUUUUGUUAUCUAUAAAGAUUUAUUAUAAGUAUAUUUAUAAAAUACAAAUGUGUUAUAUAUUCUGGAUCGACGGAUUACACAAUUUGUGUGUUAGACGAACGUUUGUAGUUUGGAAGAGAUGGGAAUAUAUUCAAAAUAAUUUCAUAUUAUUGUUAUUUUAUUAAAUAAUUAUAAUUUAUAAGAAACAAGAUUUUAGAUUAUACAAUCAAAUGUAAGCAUUGCUGUGAUAGAUUGUUCAUGCGAUAUUUAACGUCCAUUGUGCCAAAUUGGGUUUUAUUAAAUGAAAUUUUAAUUGCACAUAAUGAUUUCAUCUCAUUCAAACAUACUGUACAUGUAUUUAUUAAAGCCUAAUGCAAAUAAAGGCGUAUUCAUAUAAUCAUUAUCUAUUUCAUAUUGUAAAUAUAAAGAGUUAAUAAAUUUCAAGUUAAAUUAACUUAUUUUUGAUCACAUUUAGUCAUUCAUUUACAUUAUGUAUGUAUAAUUUUCAUAUAAGGCCUCCGUAUUAUUUUAGUGCAUUGCAUUAAUAGGGCCAACAUACUGGUGAAAACUUUCCGUCCCUUAUUCUUGAAAGUAUUCUUUUUAUUCCAUAGAGUUUAUUCAUCAGGGUCGUAUUAUUUAAUUAUGUCCUUGACUAAAUGUAUAUAAAAAUUUGUCUUUUUUUUUUUUAAUUUCAAGCAUAGACAUAGAACUGGACUACAUGUACCUAUGUUGUUUUUUUAUUUUACUUUUAUUUUUAUGCAUUGACAUAGAUCUGUGGUCCUAUAAGAAUUUUGUUAAAGUUUGUGUAAAUUUAAAGAAACUUGUCUCAAUAUAUUUAUUGUAAUAUAACUGGUAUUAUAGAAUAGUCUUUUGUAAAUCAUCAUUAUUUUAUCAUAUUUGUAUUAUAAAAAUACUAAAUUAUAUUAGAAUACAUUUAUUUUCAUUGAAA